AUUCGCAAUCAUCAAAAAAAUCAAAAGACACAGACAGCCUCCAAAUCAGAUCGAAGAGUAGGGGAUAAAAAUUGAUCAUGGCACUUAGGGUUUUCUUUGUCUUUCUUGUUGUCCUCUUCUUGAGUGGACAAGGUUAUGCACAACCAUGUAGUCUAUCUUCAGUCAUUGUGGACGUAGCGAAGACUGGGCGGGUUGCGAAGGGAAGGCCAGAAUUCCAAGUGGUCGUAAACAACACAUGUAUAUGCACUCAAACUGAUCUGGUUCUAAGCUGCGAUGGGUUCACAAGUUAUGAGCCAUUGAAGCCUGAAGUUCUAAAGAAAGUAGAUGGUGGAUGCUUGGUCAACGAUGGGGGACCAGUAUUUGGAAGGUAUCCAUUCAACUUCAGUUAUGUGGGGACAUUACCCACCAAGAAAUUCACCCCUGUUAGCUCUCAGAUCAGCUGCUCCUGAUGAUCGCAUUUAGAAUACAGUCUCUUUUUCAAGUUGUAAAGAGAGAGAUGUGAUAGUAAUAAUUUAAGUAUACUGAUAUUGCUGCAUGCUUUGGAUUUGGAUGGAGGUAUGAUUAAUAAAUAUUUGAGUUUUAGCUUAAUA